UCCCUUUUAUCUAUAGGUUCUCAGCUGUACCCAUUUCUGUUUUUUUUUUUUUUUCAAAUUUCAUUUCCCGGUGUUUUUGAGGUACAACAGAACAAACAAUUAAAGCACAAUUGUUAAAUAAGUUCAUUAACAAAAUUUGACGGACAAGCUGAGAGAGAAAUGUCACCGGAAAUCCGGCACCUAGUGAAUCCUGAAUCGCUCUCGGAGACGGCACUGAUGGAUCAUUUAAAGAGGAGGUGUAUCGAUUUGUUGGACUUGAAGAAAUAUAAAAAAUCAGAUCUGAUUGGGAUGUUCAAAAGGCUGGCAAUGCCGUUGCCCCAGAGGAAGUACAACGAAGCCAAGUGCUUUGGAAAAAGGCUAAGCGAGCUCAGGUUACACAGAAAAAUUCCUACGGCCAUCGAGGCAGACACAAAACUGUAUGAGUAA